CUUACUUUCCUCUCGACAAUGACUUCACUAUUAUACGUCAUAACUAGCAGAAUGUCAUCUACAUGUUGCAGGUGUUCCUGGUGUCAAGCCAGAGAGGAUGGAGGAGGGUAUGGAGGCCAAGCACUGUGCCCUGUCUCUGGUGGGAGAGCCUAUCAUGUACCCUGAGAUCAACACCCUCAUUGGACUCCUACAUGAUAGAGGAAUAUCAACAUUCCUUGUAACCAAUGCCCAGUUCCCUGAUUCUAUUAGGAGUCUGGUGCCCGUGACCCAGCUGUAUGUGAGUGUUGAUGCCAGUACAAAGGAGAGCCUCAAGAAGAUUGACCGCCCUCUGUUUAGGGACUUCUGGCCACGGUUCAUUAGUAGUCUUGAGGCC